GCGCCUUUCUAUUUUGAGUUUUUUUACCAUUUUUAGUAAAAUUUUAAAGCGAAAUGAGGUUAUUUCAGAAGUUUUAAAUUUUGUUAAUAGGCUCUUCUAAAGCCUAUAUAUAGGUCAACUAACAGGAAAUAGAAAAACUAUAUCUUUAAAAGAAAUUAAAAUUUUCUCAAUGUUACAUCACCUUGUGGAAAAUCUAAAGUUAAGAUUUUAAAUUUAAUAUGACUUUUACAAAAUAUAUAUAAAUAAUAUCAGAGUGUUCAAUGUCCCGUGCACAAGAUCUUGCUUGUCUUCUGAAAUCUUUGCAACUAAUCGCCGAGGCUUGCGUUAAAUUGCAAGCAGAGAAAGCCAAGUUCAUAUGGUCGAAUUCAAGUUUGAGACAUGCUGCAGAGGGCUGCUCUACCGCAUGCCAAAAGGCCCCGAAAUUUGGUGGGACAAAUCCCCCUGAUCUUAAAGAUAGCAUUGACCGGGUAUCAACAGUCUUGCAUGGAUUGAAAGUGUACACAAAUGUGGCCUUGGGCCAGAAAGAUACACCAACAUCAACUGCUGCUGAAACAUUGAAGGAAACACCAAAAGUAUUGAAGAAAGAGGAUUACAAGAGACCUCCUCAAGAGCUCAAAACUGAAGUUUUAGACACUAAUAAAAAAAUAUAUUCUAUAGAACUAACAGAGGGUGAUAAAAAGCUAUUAAAAAGAUUAGAUAUGGAACACAGAGCAAAAUUAAUCAAAGAAAAAGAUAGAGAAGAGAACAAAGAUGCAUCUACAAGGGAAAAGGAUGUUAAGGUUAAACCUGUGAAAGAAAAAGAAGCUACCAAAAUAACAGCAGUUCCAAAUGUUAAAUCUAAGAUGAAGUUAAGUGACAGCGCUAAACAAAGAAAAGUCCCUCUUCAAGAAUAGGUCGUAUGGUAUCAUUUGGUAGUCUGGCAGCAGGCCUAGGAAUUGGCACAGCUACAGAAUAUGCCAAACGCACUCUUGGUAUUGGAGAUCCCCCAGGAAAUGCAUCUACACUGUUUAUGAGCAAAGCCAAUAUGGACAGAGUUGUUGACACUUUGUGUAAGGUGAGAGGAGCUGCCCUAAAGCUGGGACAGAUCUUGAGCAUACAAGAUGACUCUAUAAUCAACCCUGAGCUAGCCAAAGCACUGGAAAGGGUCAGGAAAUCUGCUGAUUUUAUGCCUGACUGGCAACUAGAACAGGUGAUGGUAGCUGAACUUGGUCCUCAUUGGAGAAACAAAUUUGGAGACUUUGAAAAUGUACCGUUUGCUGCUGCCUCAAUAGGUCAGGUACAUCAAGCUAAAACUAAAGAUGGAAGGGAAGUGGCGAUUAAAAUCCAAUAUCCAGGUGUAGCCCAAGGAAUAGAAAGUGACAUUGAUAAUUUGGGUGGCAUAAUGAAGAUGUGGAAUGUGUUUCCCAAGGGAAUGUUCUUGGAGAACCUUAUGGUAGUUGCUAAGAGGGAGCUAGCAUGGGAGGUAAAUUAUAUCAGAGAAUCUGUUUGCACCAAGAAAUUUAAGAAGGUUUUGGAACCUUACAAAGAGUAUUAUGUGCCAGAUGUUAUUGAUGAAUUGUCUACCAAACAGAUAUUUACUACAGAACUAUUAGAUGGUGUUCCUGUGGAUCAAUGCUUCGAUCUGGACAUAGAACACCGUGAAUUUAUUGGCCAGAAAAUUCUGGAGCUGUGCCUUUUAGAAAUAUUGAAGUUCAGAUACAUGCAGACAGAUCCCAAUUGGGCAAACUUCUUAUAUAACCCGUCAAAAAAACAGAUACUAUUAUUGGAUUUUGGUGCUAGUAGAGAGUACCCAAAAGCUUUCAUGGACCAAUACGUCAAGAUCCUCAAAGCUGCUUGUGAUGGAGAUAGAGAUACAGUCCUCAACGUAUCUAGAGACCUAGGGUUCCUCACUGGCUAUGAAAGCAAGAUCAUGGAAGACGCCCACGUGGAUGCUGUGAUGAUUCUAGGUGAAAUUUUCAGGACGGAUGACAAAUAUGACUUUGGCAAUCAGGAUAUGACUAUGAGGAUUCAGGAUUUGGCACAAACUAUGCUGGUGCACAGACUUUGUCCACCACCAGAGGAAAUUUACUCCCUCCACAGGAAACUUUCAGGUGUGUUUUUGUUGUGCAGCAAGCUAAAGGUGAAGUUGGCCUGUAGGGGGAUGUUUUUGUCCCUAUACAACGAUUAUAUGACAGAAGGCAAUAGAGAUGUGGACAACAAUGUGAUAGAGAAGUCAUAUAAGUUAUCGUAAUAUUUUUAAAAAUGAUACAGAUAUGAUAACCUAAAAGGUAUGUUUUGAUGUUAUUUUUUGAUUUAAAUAAAUUUUUUUU